AUGUGGGCGAGCCUCGGCGAUGAGAUUGAAGAACUGCGAGAUAUAUUAAAUGAACCUGAAGGGCCAGAUGAUUCGGAUGAUAUAGCGAACAAUGGGUCCUCUCCUUCGUCAGCCUUAAUAGAUGAAAACUCCGCUGUCAUGGGGCUACAGACAACGCCACAAUCCUUAUACAUGUACCAUCCACAGCCCUCGCAGGCCGCGACUCUGUUUGAAAUUUUCAAGGAGAACAUUGUGCCAUUAGUGCAUAUUUUCCACAUACCGACUCUAAUCCCUGUCUGCUGGCGGGCCUUUACGUCACCAGAAACCCUGGACUGUAAUACCGAGGCAUUGAUGUUUGCCAUCUAUUACUCUGCCGUCAUCAGUAUGGACAACAAGCAAUGUGAGGAUUUUCUAGGUCUAUCACGGGCAGCUGCAGUCAACCAUUACCAUUUUGCAAUGAAACACGCUAUUGCACGCGCAAACAUUCUCAAUACUCAGAGUACAGCCCUGCUACAAGCGGUUGUUCUAUUCUUAUCCGCGUUACGCAAUGAAGAUGCGUCCAGAACCUGCUGGUCCCUCACAGCGCUUAUGUUCCAUGCCGCUCGGGCAAUGGGCCUGCACCGGGAUGGUACAGAAUUUUCCUUAUCUCCUUUGGAAACAGAGUUACGAAGAAGACUCUGGUGGCACAUCUGUUUGCUGGAUAUCCGAUCAGCAGAGUAUCACGGAUUCGAGCCCAUCGCGCAAGAAUACAUGUUCGACACGCGAGUACCGCUGAACAUAAAUGAUAGCGACCUAACUACUGAAUUGAAGGAUUUUCCUAUCGAGCACGAGGGUACAACGGAGAUGACCUACUGUCUUAUUCGCUGUGAGGUGUUGCGUGUUAUGUGGAAGACCGGCUACGUACAGUUUUGCAGGGAAAACACGUCAAAAAAACAUUCAUUCUUGAGGAGAGCGUCUCUGGUUAACGAUCUAAAGCGAACGCUGGAGGAGAAAUAUUUGAUAUAUUGUGAUCGGAGUAUUCCUUUUCACAAGGUCUGCGAGACUGUUGCGCAGCUUACAAUCGCUCGUACCUGGCUAGUCUUAUACUACCCUCUCGUUCAACAGGGGAACCACCGCGACCUUAUCCCGGGGAUAAGAGACAAAUUAUUCUUCACAUCGCUCAAGAUUCUUGAGCUUUCGCAAGGAUUGCUGACAGAUCCUCAAAUUUCUCAUUUCAGUUGGCAUUCCCAAACUCAUGUUCAGUGGCAUGCGGUUGCAUUUCUCCUAUCAGAAAUUUGCUUGCGUCCUCCUUCCAAUGACUGUGAUCGUGCUUGGGGGUAUAUUCAAACGGUUUAUGAGGGCUGGAAACUUAAAAAGAAUAAGGGAGACGUGUGGCUUCCUAUAACGCGCUUGGUGGCUAAGGCGAGCGAUGCACGCGAGAUCGGAAAAAUGUGUGAUUUUGUCCCCCUGACGAAUUUGGCAGCCACUGGAUACUCAGGGGGAUCUCUAGAUACACUAGGAUUUGAGUUCCCCGCAGUAUCACAUUCUGCUGCAGAUACUUUUCCGGCUUGUGAGAAAAUCGGUCGGGAGGUCAGUGAGCAAAAAGAUGUUUCUUCCGCCGAUUCUUUGGAUUCAUUCUUCAACUUGUUUCCCGACAACAAUAUUUUUGAUACAAUAUCCUACGAGCCAAGUACGCUCGAUAUCGAGAGCAUUAUUAGGAAUUGGGCAGGUGAUUUUCAUGAGGCCGAGACGAGCAUGGAGAUUGAAAAAGAUGAGUAG